CAGCGCGCUGCUAGCCUUUAAUUCUCGCUAAAAGCAGUUGAAUUUAUAGUACCUAUACAACGAGUCAAGUCAAUUAUUGUAGUGUCAUCAUAUCUUACAUUCAUAUUAUACGUGCCUAAUAUAUAGUCGUGACUCACUCUUCGUUCGUGAAAAAAGCAAAUCAAUUAGUAUAUGUAGUACUUAAAUAUCUCGUUUGAGUAUAUUUAAUUAGGUUUUGAUUUGCCGGCGUUUUCAGAGUACUUAGCUAUGGAGUGGCAUAUAUGUGUGAGAAACUUGGUUUUGCCGGCUUUAACGAUGGCCUUAUUGGUUGCCGCAAAUGGGAAUUGUUACGAGGGUGGUGACUCGGGCGGCAAAUUCGUUCAACGAAGUGGAACCCAUUUUAUAAUGAACGGCAAGCGAGUCUACCUGAACGGGUUCAAUGCUUACUGGCUUAUGUACAUGGCAUCUGACCCAUCCACAAGAUCCAAGGUCACCACCACUUUACAGCAAGCUUCACUCCAUGGCUUGAACGUCGCAAGAACCUGGGCUUUCAGCGAUGGAGGUUACAAGGCUCUUCAGGUUUCCCCUGGUUCCUACGACGAGAACGUCUUCAGAGGAUUGGAUUUUGUGAUAUCUGAAGCUGGAAAAUACGGGGUGCGACUCAUACUGAGCCUGGUGAACAAUUGGAAAGAUUUUGGUGGGAAAAAUCAGUAUGUGAAAUGGGCAAGUGAACGUGGCCAGAUCAGUGCUGUGAGCAACGAAGAUGGCUUCUUUACCCACCUUGUCGUAAAGCAAUAUUACAAGAAUCAUAUUAAGGCUGUGUUGACUCGAAGGAACACCAUAACUGGGGUAGCAUAUAAAGAUGAUCCAGCUGUUUUCGCGUGGGAACUAAUGAAUGAACCUCGUUCUGAUAACGAUCACUCUGGAAAAAUAAUUCAGGAUUGGGUGAGUGAGAUGGCUGCGUACGUAAAGUCUAUUGAUAGCAAUCAUUUGCUGGAAAUAGGGCUUGAAGGGUUUUAUGGGGAAUCAAUGCCAAAUAAGAAGCUGCUCAAUCCUGGAUACCAAUUAGUGGGAACCGAUUUCAUUUCCAACAAUCGAGUCCCUCACAUCGAUUUCGCCACCGUUCAUCUCUACCCAGACCAAUGGGUACCGGGGUCAAACGAAUCAGCCCAAGCUGCUUUUGUCGACAAAUGGGUAGAUGCCCAUAUUGAAGACUGUAAUCAUAUUCUGGGGAAGCCCAUUCUGUUGAGUGAGUUUGGGAAGUCGACCAAGUCGGAGGGAUACAGCGUGGAGAAGAGAGACAAGUACUUUCAGAAGCUGUACGACGCCGCAUACGGCAGCGCGAGGAGCGGAGGAUCGUGUGGAGGUGGGCUUUUCUGGCAGGCCAUGGCCCAAGGAAUGGAUGGCUUUCAUGACGGAUACGAAGUUAUGUUUCAGGAUAGCUCCUCAACCGUCAAUAUCAUCCGCCAACAAUCUCAGCGCAUGUCAGCUCUCAAUCAGCGAUAAGGAGCCAAGCACACCAGAUAGAAUAAAAACAGAAAGAGGAGAUAAGAAAAUCACAAACCAUAAUCAUAAAUAUUUGUAAUUAAAGAUUUGCUUUGUUCCAUUGCAUAGAAAGUCUGCCAGCCAGGGGCCAGCCAAGGUUGAUGAGUCAUGAGACGAGCUUGUUGCUUUUAAUCGUUUGAAGACAAAUGUGAGGAAUAGAAAGUGACCUUUUUCUUUCCCUUGAUUGAUAUAUGCAUGUAUGCAUGUUUUUUUUUUUUU